AUGACAGGCUUUGAUUCUCAAACUCUAAACUUUAUCCUAUUUGUGAAUAUCGUUCGGGUGCUGGCAACCAAGAUCCGAGAGACCAACGCAGGCAGAUAUGACACGAGAAAACAGUACAGGAAGCUGGCUAAAUCCACGCUGGUGUUGGUGUUCGUUUUUGGUGUACACUACAUUGUGUUUGUGGGGAUGCCACACACCUUCAAGGGACUCGGCUGGGAAGUGCGCAUGUACUGCGAGCUCUUCUUCAACUCUUUCCAGGGUUUCUUUGUGUCCAUAAUCUACUGUUACUGCAAUGGAGAGCUAGUCACUGUGAUUAGUGUUAACCUGACAUCCAUCUCCUUCUCUCUCCCUCAGGUCCAGACAGAAAUAAAAAAGACCUGGACACGCUGGAACCUGGCCUUCAACUGGAAGGGUCCAGUAGUGUGUGGCACUUACCGCUAUGGCUCAGUGCCAACAGGCCUCAACAACAGCACCAGCAGCCAAUCACACCUGGCCACAGGAGCAUCUGGUACGCGCUCCACCAUGCUCUUCUCCAGCCGGGUAUACCGCAGCACUGGAGCCCCCUCCAUCAGUGCCCACAUGGCCCUGCCAGGCUAUGUGCUUAACAAUUCAGACGCUGACAGCCUACCACCAUCCAUUCCUGAGGAGUCAGAGGACAGUGCAAAGAAGGUGGAUGACAUUCUGUUGAAAGAGUCACUUCCUGCACUUCCCAGUAGUGGCCCUGAAGAUGAUGAGGAGACUUUGUAGAUAUCAAUAUCUGGACCUGUGACAUAAUAUUGAAACAUUUCACCACUCAUUUAAUGAGAGGACAUUAUACCACAAGCCAUGUAACCUUAGCUUACUACUGC